UAUUCGUUCAAAUUACAUUUUUUAUGCGACAUUUAAAGUUAUCGGUACAUGCCAAGUUAUCAUAAUACAUUGCAAGAGUUAACACCCUCGUGAUAACAUAAGAUAGUCAGACAGAUCUGCGCGAUUCGUUUUGUUUUUCUAUUAAAAAAUUUUACUACAUUGAAUAAGAUAUUGCGGAAAGAUAAACCGAUCAAUGUCCUUAUCUCAGUGAAUGUCAAUAGCGAAUGCGUGUACUGAAAGAUCGUAUACAUAUGAGUGAAUUCAAAAAUUUCAGUGUAGUCUCAAGUCGGGCUUCUAAUAAUAACAUAAUGGUCUUUCUCACAAAGGCGAGUUGUGUGAAGUUCGCGAAAGAUAUGUUUUCUAUGAAGACAUUGAAAAAACGGCUUCCGAUACUGCGAUGGCUUCCAACAUACAAUUACGUCUUAUUGAUUCAAGAUAUAAUAGCUGGAGUAACAGUCGGAUUGACGGCGAUACCUCAAGGUAUUGCUUAUGCGGUGGUCGCAGGGUUGUCACCAGAAUACGGCCUGUACGCGGGCUUGACUGGAGGAUUUAUGUAUCUUUUUGUGGGAAGCUGCAAAGACAUCACAAUUGGACCUACAGCAAUCAUGUCGGCUGUUGUAGCAAAGUACGUAGCGAAUUACUCGUCUGAAUUUGCUGUAUUAGCAGCGUUCCUGACCGGCGUAGUUAUCAUAAUAAUGGGUAUGCUGAACCUUGGAUUCUUAGUAGAAUUCAUAUCUAUACCAGUCAUCAGUGGUUUUACAUCCGCAGCAGCAUUGCAAAUAGCAUCGGCUCAGUUAAAAUCACUUUUUGGUCUCGAUGGAUCCGCUGGCCAUUAUUUUUCUGAGUCUAUAAUUAAUUUUUUUAAGAACAUCACGACUUUUGUUUACUGGGAUUCGUCCCUGGGUUUAAUCACUAUAUUAAUAUUGGUAUUAUUGAAACGCCUUGGAGAAGGAUGUAAUCGCACAGAUCCCUUGGCUAAGCAGAUCAGAUGGUUCAUAUCUCUUGCAAAGAAUGCAGUUGUUGUCAUAUUCGGUAUGGCUGUGGCGUAUAUUAUUAAGGUAUCUACAGGUACCGAACCGAUUAAGUUGAUCGGAGAAAUCGGCAGUGGGUUCCCUAAGAUAGAGCCACCGCCAUUCAGCGCUGUUGUUGGCAAUCAGACCUAUACGUUUUCCGAUAUGAUGAAAGUUUUAGGUCCUGAAUCUCUCAUUCUGCCAAUGGUUUCUAUAUUAGAGCUGGUUGCAAUCGCUAAAGCCUUCGCAGCUGGGGGUCAGAUCGAUGCUACCCAAGAAAUGAUUGCCCUUGGAUUAUGCAAUAUGGUCGGCUCCUUUGUGAAGAGUAUGCCUGUGUCUGGAUCUUUUACUCGCACAGCUCUCAAUAAUGCUUCAGGUGUCCAAACACCACUGGGUGGAAUUUUCACUGCAACACUUUUAAUUCUGGCUUUAAGUUUACUCACGAAAACGUUUUACUACAUUCCUAAACCGUCUUUAGCCGGUUUAAUCAUAACCGCUAUGUUUUAUAUGAUAGAUUUCAAAAUAGUAAUUCGAUUAUGGAAAACCAGUAAAAAAGAAUUUUUUGUAUAUAUAGCAACAUGGCUAGCUAGCUUAUUGUAUGGACUGGAAUAUGGCAUACUGACCGGCAUAUUGGCUGAUGCUUUGAUACUCCUGUUUGCAACAGCAAGACCUGCAUGUGAAAUGACGACUAUUGCUGGAGACAAGAAGACGAUGGUAGUGAUAUCGUUGCCAGAAAAUUUGUCGUACUGUGCAGCUGAACAUGUCCGAAGAAAAAUAUUAAAAGCCACGCUCGAAAGCCACCGCGUUACAAGCCUACAGAUCGUAGUAAAUGGAACAAAUCUAAGAAUCAUGGAUUCAACGGUUGCUACGAAUUUGAUGUCUAUAAUAAAAGAUUUGGACAAAGACUUCAACAUAGUAUUCCUGAAUUUCAAUAGCAAUUUACAAAAGAUGUGCAAUAAUGUUAAUGAUAAAUACAGUCAUAUAUUUGUGACAGAUGUCAAUGUGGAUGGCAUCUUUAAAGUGAAACAAAGCCCUGCCUAAGAUAGAAGAAAUUGUGAAAUGGAAUUCAGACAUACAUCCAGAUAUUCACAUAAAUAUAGCGUUUAUGACGUCAUAAGAAUUAUUUCCGUAGCUUAGAGAUAAGUCAAGAUAACGAUUGAAUUGUAAUUGACGAAAAGACGCAAAAGGAACAUCAGUAUGCUGUCAUCUGAUAAGAUAAACGACAUUUUGAUUUAUAGCAAAUCACACAUGAAAUAUAUAGUACUAAGUUACUCAUAUGAAAUCUAUUAUAGAUAUGUUUGAUUUAGGAAUGGAAUUAAAUGAUUAAGUGCUAAAGAAGAAGAUGUAUGCCUUACUUUAAUGGUUAUUUUUAGAAUAGUUUUCGUGCGACAUGUACAAUGUGAUGUUUGUUUGUGAUUGAGAACUUUAUUAUUUUAUUUUCGUAGGAUAAUGGACACUUAGGUCACACGUAAUUUGUCAGGUGUAAUAUUUUUUCAUGUAAGUAUAUUGUGUAUUAAAGUUUCGAUGUAUAAUAUUUUGUUGCUUAGUACAUCUCAUUUAUUUUUUUAACAUUCUGUGCUUCUGUACCGAUCUCAAGGUCGUAUUGAUCUUUAAGAAUCAUAAUCUAGUUAUAUUUUUAUAGAUGAUUAUCCUCAAUGUAGUUUAUUAAAAUGAAUUUUGUGUUUUAUUGGUAUUCAACGCUUACUUCACUGCAGUGAUUUUUUUUUUUAGAAUCUCUCAUCCUUCUCGUCUCAUGAUUUCGGAGUCGAUUGACAAAUCUUGAUAUAUGUAAAACAUAUAAUAAUCGAUUUCAAGAGUGGGGAGCUUAUCGUAAAUUCGUGAGCCCCUCAAUAUUUCUAUUGGCGCUGAUCGUCAAAAGAGGGGUGACACUCGGUUUCCUGAAAUUUAUUAACGUGAUUCAGCACUCCUGAAGGUGGCAGAUUUAUGUUCUUAUCGCGUCAACUAACUGUGGUAUAGAUUUUCAUUUAGGGUGACGAUUCUCUCACAUGAUGGUUUGAUAGAUGGAAAUCAUUACAGUUUUAUUUGCUUGAAUUCUGUCUACGAACUCACAUAUGUUUUCAAAAUUAUUUGGUAAAUUUUCUAAACAUCUUUACACAGGUAUGUUCUUAAUGAACUAAAUAAAUUAUCUGUAUGCCAUGGUUUUAGUGAAAAUUAG